AUGCGCAGCGGACUAGGAGUGAGCUCAAGUUUCAUAAGAAGUGCGCAUACGGAUAUCAGAGUUCCAGACUUUUCUGAAUAUCGACAUACUGCAACAAAAAAUCCCAAAGUUAGGAGUUCGGACUCGGCUCAAAGUAGAAGAGGGUACACUUAUUUGCUAACAGCAAGUACAGCAGUAAUUGGUUUAUACUGUGCAAAAGCUGUUGUACAUGAUCUGGUGUUGUCUAUGUCAGCUUCUGCAGAUGUUUUAGCAAUGGCCAAAAUAGAAAUUAAGCUGUCCGAAAUACCUGAAGGAAAAUCGGUAACGUUCAAGUGGCGUGGAAAACCGCUUUUUGUUAGGCAUAGGACGCAGUCUGAAGUAGACAUCGUGAAUGCAGUUCCACUGAGCAUUUUGCGCCAUCCUCAGAUGGAUAGCGAACGAACUCAGAAACCAGCCUGGUUGAUUGUUAUCGGAGUGUGCACUCAUCUUGGUUGCGUACCAAUAGCAAAUGCUGGGGACUUUGGAGGGUAUUAUUGCCCUUGUCACGGCUCGCAUUUCGACGCUUCGGGCAGGGUCAGGAAAGGACCAGCUCCACUCAAUUUAGAAGUGCCGCCAUACACAUUUCCCGAAGAAAAUGUCGUAGUUGUCGGUUAA